AUGGAUCCACAAUAUCAAUAUAUUUUAUCACAUCCACCGUCGCACGAAACCACUUAUACACCCAAUAACAAAGGAAUAGUCAUGGUUCCAUGCCCUGGGUAUCAGGACAUACCCGUCAAAUAUGUCCUUAGUAAGGAAAAUCCAUAUAACUUCACACUGUUAGUGUUCCACAGUCCAGAAAAGGACUUAACCGAUAUCGACAAAGUACUCGUCAUGUUAUCAAAAUUAUUUCGAGCGCGUGCAUUCACGUUUGACUAUCCGGGCUAUGGGCUUAACAAGAACACUCAAGACUUGCCCUUCGACAAAAUGGUUGAUGCGGUGAUGCUUCAUAUGCACACCACUGGGUAUCGCCAAGACCGAACAAUAUUAUUAGGAGCGGAUUAUGGGUGUGGGCCUGCCCUCACGUAUGCCGGUAUAUUAGCGUCAAGAAAAAAAGAGAAGAUCAGUACUGAGACUUCGGGGGUCAUUCUCUUUUUUCCACGUGGCGACAUUCCUUUAGGGACGAAUUUGGACUUCUCGAACUUUUAUAAUGUGACACAGAACGCCACGUAUUUCCGCGUGUUAUUUAUAUUACACAAAAAUCACGCUGUUUUCAAUUAUAAUGAAGUGAAGAAUAUGAUGAAAGAAAAGAACUAUAAAGAUCGCGUUGAGUGUUUUAUUGAUGACUUCUCAUUAUACAAUCCCGAGUCUUUGACUAAGAAAACUUUAAUAAUAUUCUUAGACCACACAAACCCGUGGUUUCGAAGACUUAACACACAAAUCACUAAAUUGAAGACUUUGCGAUUAAAUAUCUCAAUGACGGUGACGACUGCUUUGAAGACCUCAAAGAAAAUCCCUCCACUCCCUUCACACAACAUGUUCUAUAUCACACAUUUCUUAGUGAUGAACAAGAUCGACGCCUUCUUGCCGGUCUUUGAGGAAAAGAAGAUCUACUCUGUCCUUUAUGUCGUGAUGGGGGGAAUCGAUACCUCAGUCCUUAUCGAUGAGCAAAAGAGUUUAUUAAACGCGUUGAAUGUGACAUGUCGCAAAUUUAAGACCUUUGCGACAGAGGAUUGGCUCUCGAUGCGCUGUGAGAUCCUCAGCCAGAUCCUCACCCGUGUCGACAAACAGACAAACAUCCUCGACAAACGGACAAAAGCAAUUCAAAGUGCCAAAAAAGUCGAAUUACCUGAAACAGUCUUCAACAAUGAUCAGGGGGUCGAGAUGGAUUCUGAAGGCGUUGGGAGUGUAGCCAGUACAGAGCAGACCUUUAUCAGUGUAUCAGGAAUGAAGAUGUUAAACCCUCGAAAAAAGACGGUAAUAGGGACCGUCAACAAAUACGUGUUACCAAAGUGGGCAAAAGGAACUGAAUGUGACUCCUCGAUAUUUGUAAAACAGCCAGUGAACUUCCCCGAUUACUUCCAGUUCAAAAUUAACUUGUCCAACAGGAGAAGGAAUACUCUCGAAGAAAAGAACUAA